AAGAGGAGGAGUCCAAGAUGGCGGCCGCUGUGGAGCAGGACUCGGAACCAACUGAUCCUGAACGGGAGGAGCUGGUGCUGGAGGAUGUGGAUGUUCACAUCCAGGCCAACUUGGAGGAUGCUCUGGUGCAGGAGGCCCUCAAGAGUGGUGUGGAUCUGCGCCAGUAUUCCAAGCAGGUGGAGCUGGAGCUGCAGGAGGUGGAACGAGCCUCUAUCCGUGACUACAUCAAAGAGAGUGAGAACAUUGCAGCUCUGCACAACCAGAUCACAGCCUGUGACACCAUCCUGGAGCGCAUGGAGCAGAUGCUGGGGUCCUUCCAGCUGCACCUGAGCACCCUGACCCUGCAGAUCCGGAGCCUCCAGGACCAGUCAGGAGCUCUGAGCCUCAGGCUCCGGAACAGACGUCGUCUGCGCAGGCACCUGGGGCAGCUGCUGGAGGAGCUGGUGGUGCCCUCGGCCAUGAUCAGCACCAUACUGGAAGCCCCAGUACCGGAGCCGGAAUUCCUGGAGCAGCUGCGGGAGCUGGAUGGGAAACUGGGAGCAGUGAAGGAGCAAACGUUCCGGGAUACACUGGCCUGUGCCGACGUCCAGCAUGUCCUAGACAGGCUCCGCAUCAAGGCAGUGACCAAGAUCCGCGAGUUCAUCCUACAGAAGAUCUUCUCCUUCCGCAAGCCCAUGACCAACUACCAGAUCCCACAGGAUGCACUGCUCAAGUACAGGUUCUGUUACCGGUUCCUACUGGGCCACGAGCGGUCGGUGGCACAGGAGCUUCGGGAUCAGUAUGUGGACACCGUGGGUAAGAUCUACCUGUCCUAUUUCCGGUCCUACAGCAGCCGCCUGCUCAAGAUCCAGUACGAGGAGGUGGCCGACAAGGACGAUCUCAUGGGGGUGGAGGACACGGCCAAGAAAGGGUUCUUCUCCAAGCCACAACUACGCUCCAGGAACACUGUAUUCACCCUCGGUAACCGCGGCUCCAUCAUCAGUGCUGCUGAGCUCGAGGCUCCUGUUCUGGUCCCACAUGCGGCACAAAGGAGCGACACUAGGUACCCCUUCGAGGCACUGUUCCGCAGUCAGCACUAUGCUCUCCUGGACAAUUCCUGCCGGGAAUUCCUCUUCCUCAGUGACUUCUUCCUGGUGUCGGGAGCAGCUGCUCAGGAGCUGUUCAAUAGUGUCAUGGGCAAGACCCUGGCCAUGUUCCUGAAGCAGAUGGACACCUAUGUGGGCUCCUGCUAUGAUGCCAUCGCCGUGUUCCUGUGCAUCCACAUUGUGCUUCGCUUCCGGAACAUCAUGGCCAAGAGGAACAUCCCGGCCAUGGACAGGUACUGGGAGUCGCUGCUGGAGCUGCUGUGGCCUCGCUUUGAGCUGCUGCUGGAGCUGCACAUCAGGAGCAUCCAGAGCACAGAGCCCCAGCGCCUGGGGCACCUGGACACGCGCCCGCACUAUAUCACUCGCCGUUAUGCUGAGUUCUCCUCUGCCAUCGUCAGCAUCAACCAAACCUUCCCCAAUGAGAGAACCAACGCGCUCCUGGGGCAGCUACAGGUGGAAGUGGAGAACUUCGUGCUCAGGGUCGCAGCCGAGUUCCCCUCUCGCCGGGAGCAGCUCAUCUUCCUCAUCAACAACUACGACAUGAUGCUGGGGGUGCUGAUGGAGCGUGCGGUGGAGGAGAGUAAGGAGGUGGAGGGGUUCCAGCAGCUGCUGUCAGCUCGGACGCAGGAAUUCAUUGAGGAGCUGCUGUCCCCUCCCUUCGGGGGCAUGAUCGCGUUCGUCAAGGAGGCCGAGGCCCUGCUGGAGAAGGGGGAGCUGGAGAGGCUGCGGGGGGAGGAAGCCCGUGUGUCCCACCUGGCCCGCGGGUUCUCAGGCAGCUGGAGGAGCUCAGUGGAGGUUCUGAGCCAGGAGGUCAUGAGCUCAUUCAGUAACUUCAGGAACGGAACCAGCAUCAUCCAGGGUGCCCUGACUCAGCUCCUCCAGUACUACCAUCGCUUCCUCAAGGUGUUGGCACAACCUCCUCUUCGCUCCCUCCCUGCUCGCACUGAGCUCAUCAACAUCCAUCACCUCAUGGUGGAGCUCAAGAAGCACAAACCCAACUUCUGAGGCCCUAUGGGGGCCCCAGUGACCCUAU